AUCUACCAAUAAGUUGGACUUUUACCCGCUACAUACACCAGAUCAUCCCUAUAUCAAAACACAAAGGCUACACCCAAAGUCCAGCUAUCUCCUUACCUUAAGCAACCAUGAAGAUCACCACCUCAGCCCUCAUCACCGCCAUUCUCUACGGCCUCGCAACAGCCAUCCCAAACCCGGGCGUCCUCUCCGGCAGAUACGUGCGCGACCAGUGCGUCGACGACGGCGGUACCUGGAUUUCCUGCGAGUACCCUGACUACUUCCUCAAGUGCGACGACGGCCACCCCAGCUUGUACACGUGCGAUGGAGGAUGUCAGGCUUCUGGGUGUACUCCCGGCAAUGACGCGUAUCCAGUGCAAAGCGAGCACUCUACCACUGAGUUACACGCCCUUAGUGGGCAAGGAGUGCUUGCCAAUAGUUAUAUGACAUUCCCUAAAUGUGCGCUAUAA